AUGCAGACCACAGCCAUCCUCGCCCUGGUCGCCGCCGGCUUCGUGGCGGCCUCCCCCCAACACAAGAUCUCCAAGCCCGUCAUCACGGCCAGGCAGAACAACGGACAGGCCACCCCCGUGACUGCCACCGCCAUCGCCACCAUCUCGACCGUGGCCACGGCCGCCAACCAGGUCAUCACCGCCUCCACAACGGUCUUUGCCACGGCCACCCCGGAGACCACCACCGUCACCGUCACUGCCACCCAGACCGUGUCGGAGACCCCCAUCCCCACCGUCACCGUCACCGCCCACUGGGGUCACCACCACCACGGUGGUCACCAUCAUCACCACGAUGAUGACUACGAUGACGAUGACUACGAUGAUGAUGAUGACUAUGGAAAGCAGAACUGUGCAUACCGCGACGCCCAAGGGGCACGAACCGUCGACACGCCCUGCACAUCCUGCAGUCAGAGGGGCAGGCCCGGCGAAAGGAAGGACUCGUUCCACCCGUUUCGGAGUCUGGGAAGCCGGACGCCGACGCCGUGA